CGGUACUCAUACUUUGACUUUGUGUCUAUCUCUUCUUCCCGUUGCCUGCUUCCAAUGGUAACGGCAGGUACCAUGUCCUCCCCGAUCCGUGAGGAUCAGCCCACUGCGGGUCCCUCAAAAUCGAGCGCCAGCCUCACGGAGAGAGUCAUGGCUCGACUAUCACAAGACUUUGCCAGUGAGGGAUCUUUGUCCCGACAUCAGCAGAUACAAGCUCGUCUACAGCUGGAAAUCCUGGACCGUAAAGACCGGAUAGCCCAAUUGAAAUCCGAACUGAGGCGUGAUCAAGAUCCGGGUAAAAUGAGCAGAAUACAGAGUCAAAUAGGGCAACUUAUGUCUCAAAUCAAUGUUAUCCGAGAGAAGGCCGCUGAAGCAGAGGCUAUUGUCAAAGCUAUCACCACCGACAUCCAGAGGUUGGACACAGCUAAACGAAAUCUCACGGGGGCAAUUCAGACCUUGGAGAGAUGGGAGAUGUUGAGGAAUGCACACCAGCAGCUGCAAGACCUUUUGCCGACAAAGAAUUAUAGAGAGAUGUCCACCGCCCUUUCGGCAGUGAUGCACUUGAUGACACCACUCAAGCCAUUGAGCACCAUCGCAGUAGUAGCGGAGCUGUUCAAAUCUGCAGAGGAAGCCAGGAAAUCAAUACAAGAAAAGGUGGCCGCUGAGAUGGACCUCUUCUUUCGCAAUAGUCCCAAUCAACCUGCUGACCCCGAGACCAUCCGAAAUGUCUGCCUUGUCAUUGACGUUCUCGGAGGGGACUUCAGAAACCACAUCGUCGAAAGAUAUCUGCAAAUUGAGCUCGCGGAAUAUCGUCGCAUCUUUCGAUCGACCGAGGAGGCUGGUCAGCUGGACAAUGUUCCACGUCGAUAUGCUUGGUUUCGACGUGUCCUCAAAUAUCACGAUGAGGAGACUGCGACACUCUUCCCAUCCUCGUGGGAAGUUACAAGGCUACUGGUUGCAAAUUUCUCCGAGUAUACACGAGCAGACAUGUCGAAUGUUUUGGGGAAAGGCAAACCAAAUGUCGCUGUCCUACUGGAUGCCCUUCAGAGCACAUUGGAUUUUGAAUCCGCCUUUGCCGCGCGAUUCGAGAUGCCCUUCGAAGAUGUGACUGUGGGUGGCCCAACUACUCAGACUCCAGGCAAAUGGAUCAUCUCAAGCGUCUUCACGCCGUACUUUUCAGUGUAUGUCGACGCACAAGAUCGGGCCAUCUCGGAUAUGCUCUCGCAAUAUCGUGGCGCUCGAUCCCGCUCGUCGUUGGAAGGAGCAGUCGCAGACGAGACCGAGGCGACGGGUCCAACAGUCUUACCCAGCUCGACGGAGUUGUUCUACUUCUACGCUCAGACGUUGGAGCAGUGCGGCAAGUACACCACUGGGGAGCCCAUGACAGCGCUCGCGAAGGUCUUUGGCAAAUGGCUCAAGGUGUACUCUGAUGAAGUGCUUAUUGCCGGCAUGAAGCGCGAUCUCAGUCGCAAAUCUGUUGAGGGCAGGCUGAAUCUGCAAGAAAUUCGAAAUGCUUGUGUCAUCCUCAAUACUGCCGAGUACUGCCAAAAUACUUCUUUACAGCUUGAAGAGCGGGUCAAAGAUAAGAUCGAUGACCAGUACAAGGAGGAGAUCUCUUUCGCUGCGGAACGAGACACCUUUACGAGCACGAUCUCCCAGUGCAUCACCACUAUUCUCAGGGAACUAGAAGCCGCUUGCGAACCUGCUUUCUCAGCAAUACUGAAGACUCCGUGGAUUCACUUGGAGAACGUAUCUGGACGAUCGGCCUACGUCGUAGAUCUCGUGGGGUGUAUUAAGCAGGUUGCCGAGGUUGUACGGGCUAGGAUCGAGUCAAAGAGAUACCUGAGGACCUUCGCGGAUCGUGCUGUUGGGGUCGUCAUGGCUCGAUUCACACAGGCUGUAGUUAAGAGCAGACCUUUGAAGAAGAUCGGCGCGGAACAGAUUCUUCUCGAUGUCCAAGCGGUCAAGUCUUGCUUGUUGAGUCUUCCGGAUCCACAGCCAGAAGCGGCCGCGAACGCAUACACGAAAUAUGUCACGAAAAACACUGGACAACUGGAAACCAUGCUCAAGGUCGUGCUCGCUCCCGAUGAUCCUCCGGAGGGCUUUGUCCAGAACUAUUGUUUGCUCAUUGGAGAUAGGUCAUUCAGCAACUUCCAGAAGAUUCUCGACCUUAAAGGCACGCCUCGGACAGAUCAACAGAGGCUACUCGACAUCUUUCUGUCGGUCACUUCGAACAAGGACGAUUUGUCCGAUACAUCCUUUCUCACUGCUCUCGAUAUGGAUCCAUCAGCGGACAAGGGUGUCCUGUCGCCUACGGUUGGGCACCCGUUCUCGCCCACGGGCCCAAGCUCAGGUUUACCUGAUCUUCUGAGUCGGGGAGGGAGUGUCGAGGGAUCAUCAAGAGAUGGGCACCGGCCAGAAUCUACCAAGCCUUUUGGUGACUUUAGGCGGUUGGUCAGCUUUGCGACUAGACCUAGGCCUGAUUAGGCUCGGCUCGCACUUGGCGAGCAUAAUACAGGGCAUGAUCAAAAUGAUGCAUCUGAUGGGA